UCGGAGUCCGGCGACGGUCUGUUCGUUUGCUGAGCUGGCCCGGUGGCUGCGGUCCCUAGGUGUGCGAGCUAAGAACCCGCGGUCAUGAGCGGCAAAGAAGGACCAGGAGGAUUCAGGAAGAGGAAGCAUGACAACUUCCCACAUAACCAGAGGAGAGAAGGGAAGGAUGUCAGUUCAUCUUCGCCGGUGAUGUUGGCCUUCAAAUCAUUUCAACAGGAGUUGGAUGCGAGGCAUGACAAAUAUGAGAGACUUGUGAAACUAAGUCGGGAUAUAACUGUUGAAAGUAAAAGGACAAUUUUUCUUCUCCAUAGGAUUACAAGCGCUCCUGAUAUGGAGGAGAUCCUGACUGAAUCAGAAAUUAAACUGGAUGGUGUCAGACAGAAAAUCUUACAGGUAGCCCAAGAGCUGUCUGGAGAAGAUAUGCACCAGUUCCAUCGAGCUGUCACCACAGGACUGCAGGAAUAUGUGGAGGCUGUCUCUUUUCAACACUUCAUCAAAACUCGUUCGUUAAUCAGCAUGGAAGAGAUUAACAAGCAGUUGACAUUUACAACAGAAGACAGUGGGAAAGAAAGCAAGACUCCCUCCUCUGAUGGACAAGAUAAGCAGCUUGUUACUUGGAGACUGAAAAUCACACCUGUUGAUUACCUGCUGGGAGUGGCCGACUUAACUGGAGAAUUGAUGCGAAUGUGUAUUAACAGCGUGGGAAAUGGGGACAUUGACACCCCCUUUGAAGUGAGCCAGUUUUUAAGACAGGUUUAUGAUGGGUUUUCUUUCAUUGGCAACACUGGGCCCUAUGAGGUUUCUAAGAAGCUGUACACUUUGAAACAGAGCCUGGCCAAAGUGGAGAAUGCUUGUUAUGCUCUUAAAGUCCGAGGUUCAGAGAUUCCCAAACACAUGCUGGCAGAUGUGUUUUCAGUCAAAACAGAGAUGAUUGAUCAGGAAGAGAGCAUUUCUUAAGCAUCUGCAUUCUUUCUAAGGAGCUCCUGGGAGACCAAUUGGUGAGACUGUUCUGAGUGUGCUUUUGACUUUAUUGUAGUUUUUGUAGAUGUUUCUAGUUGUACUAGUUUGAAGUCGUAUACAGCUGUAUAUAAGUUUGUCCACAGGAACAUUUAUUACAUUCAUGAGCAUUUGCAUACCGUGUUUGCAUAUGUGCUUAUUCCCGGUGUUUGCUUUAUUGUUAUGUGAACAUGCUUCCAGUUGCACUUUCUGCCACACCUACUUUAGUUCACUUUGAACUUGGAGUGAUAUUUUCAGUGGAAGGAAGCCUCAUAAGUGGGUGAUUCUGUAUAUGGAGAAAAAAGCAUAAUGAAACUUCAGCAGUAAGCUUCCUGUUUUAAGUUCUUGGCAGUAUCAUGGUAAGCCUUUAAAAUAGGCUUAGUACAUGAAACAAGAAUUUAACAAUGUAAGCUAUCAGUAUUUUUUAAGUACAAGCAUUGGUGGUAUUAUAAUAAAAAUUCAUGUAAAAUUUUGGCCAAAUUCAGGCCAUUUUGAAUUUAUAUAAAAAUAGCUUUCCAGAAAAAUUGAUAGAUACCCAGAUGUUAACAUCUCCACUUAGUUUUUCCCUUUAUCACAGAUGUGAGGAAUUGGAGCUGAUGUUGUUUUUCACUGGUAAUGCUGAGUAAUUAUACACCUGUCCAUAGUUGUGAGCAGGUAGGCCCUUUGUCAUGGUGUUAGGUGUGGUGGGCUUUUCUAGUCUAGCACCUCUUAGAAAUCACAGAACAGCUACAGUGGCUAAAAUGCUGACAACCCAAACCUUUAUAUUUGUCCCUUGGUGUUAGCCAAUAAUGUUGCCAAAGAAAAUGAAUUAUGUAUAAUUCAGCAAUAAGACAAUUGCCAACACAGAGGAGGGAGCGUUGGUAGUCACUAGCAGCCAGAGGUUUGGAGUUUGCCUACCCAGUGAGUCAGAGCUCUUUUGUGGUGUGAAACUGGCUUGAAUAUGACCUGCCAGCUAAUAUCACCACAUGCUUUCAACUAGUUUUGUGAGUUUGCAGAACUUAGAUACUGGGUUUUAUUUUUGGAAAGAGUAUCUAUUUGUUAGGGCUGUCUUUGAAAGUGUAAUUUUUCCAAAAAUUAUUACUGAAAGGAAAAUAAAAUGUAUACAUGCUUGAAAGUUAGAUUUGUUUUUCUUGGUGAUGGUGGGACUUUGGUUUCCCUGCUCAGUUAUACUCAGUUCCAUUACCUAUUUUGUUUGUUUUUUCAACUACUUCAAGUUGAAUUUAUAAUGUUAAAAUAAUGAAUUGAAGAAUGUUUUACAGAAAUUUAAAACAAAUUUUGAAUAAAAUAUUAAAAUAUGGAA